AUGUCCAGAACCGCUUCCUCAUCCUACGAGCACUGGCCCGAUGACGCCACACUCACUUCAUCCACCACAAUGGCAUCAAUCUCCGGCUACACCAAGCACAACGGCAUGCGCGAGUGCGAGUACGAACCCGCUAACACUGACAAGGCCUCAACUACCACCGGAACCACAACCACGGCCAAGCUCAAAAGCAAAGGCGAGAAAAUGAAGGCCGCGGAAAUCGAAGCAGCUCCCGAAGCACCACUUUUAGCGCCCGCACCACCAGCACAUAUCGCUCAGCCGUACCAGUACAGCUACCCGCCACGGUAUAGUUACUGUGCACCCAGUCCACAAUACCCUUACUUUCCGAAUCCGAGCUUUAUUGUGCCAGCGCCGGCGUACUACGGUCUCCCGGUGCUGCAACUCCAGCACCCGUACGAUCUGCCGCCGGGUUACUGCUACGUUCCUGCGUACGCGCCAGCGGUCGAGAGCAGAGCGGACACGAAAGGGGAGGGAAAUGGUGGCAAGAAGAAGUCCAAGAAGCUCGAGACGAUGAAGUGGCAAGGUCGUACGAAGGCGGAGGUCGAGGAGGAUAAUAUGAAGAUUGCGGUGAAGGAGGGAGCGUACAAGAAGAGGAAGAUUGAGCCGGUGGGGUUGGGGGAUGAUCAGCCGGUUUGGGUGGUUCUGGGGAAUGGGAGUCAUGCGUUGAGGAUGUACAGCGAAGCGAAAGAGAUGAAAGGGGAGUGGCAUAAGGAUCCCAGAUUCAAAGGAAGCCUUUACCUCGUGUGUGAGCAGGACAAGGUUGAGGGAAAUGGAAAGGAGAAGGCGGAGGGAAAGGAUUAUCAGGCGGAGAGUAAGGGUGGCAAGGGUGGAAAGAAAGGUGGCAAUGGCGACGAGAAGAAGUCUGGCAAGAAGGACAACGAGAGGAAGGACGAGAAGGGGAGUGAGGAGAAGGACGAGAACAAGAAAGAUGGCGCAGACGCUGGCAAAGGCAAGAAAGGUGGAAAGAAGGGCAAAAAGGGCGGGAACGGUGGCAAGAAGCAGGGCGGAAAGGAAGAGCAAACUCCCGACGAGUCUGAAGGCGAGAAUGCUGAGGGUGAGGAGGGUGGCGAAGGCAGCGCAAAGGACGCAAGGCCCAAGGAAAAGAAAUGCACUUGCGGGAAGUGA